AUGAAAGGUAGGCUUGCCAAUCCAGCCAAAGCCAACCCCAGAUCACGACCUCGGACAAAACCCCUCAACUCCCCUCUACUCCAACACGAAGAUCGAUGUGAGUUUCUGACUCGAGAUGGACAGACUGAAUCACAGGCUCCGUGGGCGAAGGUUGGCUUUUCAAACCCUUUCCGAGCCAAGGGACAGCCCUCUUCUUCUACUCGCAUACGCCACGAGCUCGCCGUGUCAGCCAGCCUCGACUAUGAUAUCCCUGAGGAUAGAGUCGGACAGCUGACCCCAGCCACGCCACCCCGACGAACUCGGUAUCGUAAGGGUGAGCUUUCGUACUGGAGUACCGAGCUGACAGCCAGCCCUCAGAAAGAGGCGGGUAGCAAAUGGAAGACCGGAUGCAAUUGCGUCCCUCGAGAAAGGCAUGCCAGGUUAGCUCUUCCUCCACCGGUUGAGCUAAUGCCAGCCCCGUUCCGCCCUUCCCGCCCCGAGAGUGGAACAGGUCGGGGACGGUUCUGUGAGGCUCAGAGAAGACAACCAACCACCGUGUGCCUUGCCACCUCCAUCGACUCCUGA